AUGCCAGAAGCCACACGCCGACUGCUCUACCACCUCAACAGCCGCUGGAUCUACGGAAAGAUACCACUCCUGCACGCGACCGUCUUCCUCGUCCAGAUCAUGGCCGUCUCCCUCAUCGCCCGCAAGUACAACGGCUACUAUGCCCAGCGGCCCGUCCUCACCACCAUGAUCACCAACGCGGUGCUCGGUGGUGUUGCAGACACAGUGGCCCAGACCCUCACCGCUGUCCGCGAGCGCGCAAACCGCAAGGGCGGCGCAGGCAAAGACGACUUCCUCGCCAUUGAGAUCCACGACCUCGACCGCCGCAACCCCUGGCCCGAGCACGACAUCAUCCCCGACUCGAAGAGGCUCCCUCCGCCCUUCGACUUCGAGCGCACCAUCCGCUUCAUGUCCUACGGUUUCCUCAUGUCGCCCAUCCAGCACCGCUGGUUCGGUUUCCUGUCCAAGACGUUCCCCAUCACCAAGAUCGGCAGCCCGUGGAUCCCGGCACUCAAGCGCGUCGCUUUUGACCAGUUUCUGUUUGCCCCCGCCGGUCUUGCCGCCUUCUUCACGUACAUGACCAUCGCCGAGGGUGGUGGAAAGCGCGCUGUCCAGCGCAAGUUCCAGGACGUCUAUGUUCCGGCGCUCAAGGCCAACUUCUUGAUCUGGCCAACAGUCCAGAUCAUCAACUUCAGGGUCAUGCCCAUUCAGUUCCAGAUUCCCUUUGUUUCCACCGUCGGCAUUGCCUGGACCGCCUACCUCUCCUUGACCAACUCCGCCGAGGAGGCCUAG